AUGGCGGACAAGGACGAGUUGCUACCCACGUCCUCCGAAGCCCCGAAAAAAGGGGAGGGCGGAGAAAAACGCGAAAACAAGGAGAAACAGCCGGAAUCCAGUGAGGAGACGGACCCGGCAAUGGCCGGAAAGCUCCCUAAUAUCUACAAUAAGUUUGUUCAGAGCUUUGAGAAUGCCCUGAACACCUUGACAAGUAAGGAACUUUGUUGAUUCUUCUUAUUUUAGGUACAUUAUUCCUUCAAAACACUUUAUUUCAGAUGAACCAGAGCCUAAAUGUCCUUUGAAAUCGUUUGACUUGUCAGGAGUUGCCGAUUUUAUUCGUACCAAAAAGGCUAGGAAUAUUAUUUUUAUGGUUGGAGCAGGGAUUUCGACGUCAGCUGGAGUACCAGAUUUUAGGUCCCCGGGGACAGGAUUGUACAGUAAUUUGGAUAAGUACAAGCUACCCGAUCCACAAGCAAUAUUUGACAUUGAUUUCUUCAAAAACACCCCUGAGCCUUUCUAUAAAUUAGCCAGAGAACUAUUCCCCGAGACAUUGAAGGUGAUUAUGAUUUGUUUUACUUUUAGGUACCUUUUCGUGUUUUUGUUUCUUAAUAAUCUUAAAUGUGUUUUCAGCCAACCCCUUGCCAUUACUUCAUGAGAUUACUCGACGAGAAAGGAUAUCUUCGAAGGAUUUACACACAGGUGAGUCUAAAAUCCCUAAAUUAUGUUUUUUUUUCUAGAAUAUUGACAGUCUUGAAUGGGUCGCCGGGAUAAACAAAGAUAAAGUUAUAUAUGCACACGGGUCGCAUCAAUCGAGCACUUGUCUCAAGUGCAAAAAGAAGUAUACUUUGGAGUGGAUCACAGAAUUUUUGAGCCAAAAAGAACCGUUAGUCCCACUAUGCUCAUGCAAAGGAAUAAUCAAGCCAGAUAUUGUCUUCUUUGGAGAAAAUUUGCCUUCUAAAUUCUUUACCUCAGCAAUUAAUGUGAGUUUUAUUAUACCUGUGUUUUGACUUUUAGGAUUUCCCCAAAUGUGAUUUAUUGAUAAUCAUUGGUACAAGUCUUGUUGUAAAUCCGUUUGCAUCGAUGAUUAAUGAAGUUUCCGAUGAAGUACCUCGAUUGUUAAUCAAUUUGACGCCAGCGGGGAAGCUGAGUAGAAGAGAAAGAACUCAUGGACAUAGUGGACUUUGUUACGGAGAGAAGGAUAAUUUUAGGUAGGUGUUCCUUACAUAAGAUAUCGUAUCCAAAUUUAGAAUGCCUUUUUAUGAGGCUGAGAUCGAAGAAAGACAAUAUUUUAUACAGUUGAUCUCACUUAUUCCCCAAAACUAUUUCGUUUUUCGGAGAUUGGGCUUGUUAUGCAAUUCCGCAUUUAACUGGAUGCAUUUAUUUGGCCCAUGGGAAAAUAAUUUUGAGAAGGGAGGCGUCAGAAUUCCAUUUCACAAAUUCUCCAUGCCCCGGAUUCUGUUGGCAUAAAAGAGUGUGAAAUAACGGAAAAAGCAAUGUAAGAUUGAAUAGAUUCGAUUUAAAAUGACCGAAAAUCCCUUACGAAGCCGUUUUUUCCGUUCUCUUUGCAAAAAAAACGAUUACGUCAUCUCCGUUCCUUGCUUUUACAUGGGUUUCCUCAAGGCCAAUUUGAAAGUUUUGUCCCAAAUUCUUGUUCCUCCGCGGACUUUUGGGGAUUAAUUUGGCGCUUUAGGGAUGUCUUCUGGAAGGGCCGUGCCGACGAUGGAAUCUGGGAAUUGGCCGAACUUCUUGGUCUCAAAGAAGAACUCCAUCAUCUAAUACAAACAGAACACAUGAAAAUCGACCGAAAAGCGACUGAAAAGUCAAAUACUGUGCCAAAAAAGAACGAGUAG